UUCUCUUCAUAAUAAUCUUCUGCAUAUAAUUCUUCCCUAUCCACCAAAACUUUUGAUUAAAUUCAUAACCAAAAUGUGGGUUCUUAUGGCUAUCAUUUUUGGUAUGAGUAUCAUAACCUGCCUCCAUGCCUUGAAAAAAUCCAAAUAUAAUGCAAAACUUCCAAAAGGUUCAAUGGGUUUCCCCAUUCUUGGUGAAACAAACCACUUCUUUGCUCCCAAUCCAUCAUUCGACGUAUCUCCUUUCAUCAAACACAGAGUUCUCAAUUUUUGAAUGAGACAUUGAGGCUGGCUAAUAUUGCUCCUGGGAUCUUUCGAAGAGCAUUGAGAGACGUUGAGUUUAAGGGAAUUACCAUCCCGGCGGGAUGGGGUGUCAUGGUGUGUCCUCCAGCUAUCCAUUUAGAUCCAAAGCAUUAUGUUGACCCACUUGCCUUCAACCCAUGGCGGUGGGAGAGAUGUGAAGGGGCAUCGAGGCAUUUCAUUGCUUUUGGAAGGGGCUUGAGAUUUUGCAUUGGUGCAGACUUUGCCAAAUUGCAGAUGGCUGUGUUUCUCCAUAACUUGGUUACCAAGUACAGGUUCAAAGCAAUUGGAGGAGGUAAUAUUGUUCGAACCCCAGGCGUACAGUUUCCUGAUGGCUUUCACGUUGAGAUCGUGGAGAAAGAGAAGAAGCCCUCCAAAUACUAAACAAAACAAAAGAGUGUCAUGUAAUGCUUCUCAACACAGUUAAAGACUUUCCAAGUGGCAACUAUGUGUUUCAAAUAAUAUAUUUAUGAUUAAACUAUUUCGUAACA